AGUGGUGUUGCUUGGGUCAGGGAGAACAUAGUAGUUAACAUAGAUGUCUUUUGUGAAGCUGGCAUAGGAUCAGUUGACAAGAAGAUAGGAUGCAGUUAGUUUAGGGGUGGAAGAAAGGGGGUUUGAAAAAGGAGGGGUAAGAGGAUGAGGUUGUCGGGAAGGAGGGGGGGGAUGCUCCUGCAAAGCCAUAAAAAGGGGAACUUGGACUUUGGAGCUUUGCAGUCACUUUUGCCGGCAGCCACAAACACUCCUCUCCAUCCCCCUCCUCUCUCGCUUACUCAACCCUUCAUUCAUCAGGAACCCUCUGCAAAUCCAUCUCCUUUCCCACUUCUCCCACCACAUGAUUAUGGACGCCUCGACAAGUAUCUCCUCCCCCAGCAAUGCCCUCCUCCACCUCGUGGUGGUCACGGCGCUGAUGCUGAACCACGGCGUCCAUCCGAUGCCUGUGCCGACAGACGUCCCCAUGUGUACCGCCUCAGAAACAGCCCAGUACAGCUUGACUUUUAGCGGCAAAUGGACACAGGCGGCAUUCCCAAAACAGUAUCCCAUCUACCGCCCGCCUGCACAAUGGUCCAACCUUGUUGGUGUGACCCACAGCUCCGACUACCACAUGUGGCAGCGUAAUGGCUUUGCCAGCAAUGGAGUGAGGGAGUUCACGGAGAAAGGCGAAGCUUGGACGCUCAUGAAGGAAGUGGAGCAGGCUGGGGAACAGAUUCAGAGCGUUUAUGGCAUCUUCUCAGCUCCUGCGGUCAUAGGAGGCACCGGCCAGAGCAACACUGUGGUUGAGGUCUUUGCCAGACACUCCUUUCUGUCGUUUAUCGUGCGGCUUGUUCCGAGCCCCGACUGGUUCGUGGGAGCAGAUAGCGUGGACCUGUGCAAUGGCGACCAAUGGAAAGACAGCGUGUCCCUGGAGCUCUUCCCUUAUGACGCUGGGACCGACAGCGGCUUCACGUUCUCCUCGCCCAACUUCGAGACUAUGCCGCAAGACAAAAUCACCCAGAUAACCUCAUCCUUCCCCAGCCACCCCGCUAACUCCUUCUACUACCCCCGCCUCAAGCACCUCCCACCCAUCGCCAAGGUAACGCUGACCAAGAUAAGGAAGACCAAUCAGAUCAAUAGCCUUCCAGUGAAGCCCACCGAGUCCAACCUGCUGCUGAUGGGGAAUGAGAUUGAGAACAACCUCAUAAAAACGCCGCUGGACUGCGAGGUGUCACCAUGGUCUCCCUGGGGCUUGUGUAAGGGCAAGUGCGGAGACGCGGUGGGCCUGCAGUACCGCACGCGCUACGUCCUUAUGCACCACGCCAACAACGGAGCACUCUGUCCCCUGCUGGAGGAGGAGCGGAAGUGCGUGCUGGACAACUGCUUAUGACUAGGCCUGGAAACUAGGCAGGAGAAGAAGAAGUGGAGGGAUGAUGCAGGAAAGAAGGACCGGAAGAAGCGGCGAGGGCGAAAAAGACGUCGUAGGAGAUACAACAUCAAACGGUCUGCGAUUUAUUUACUUGCGUCGUGAAAUGGACCUGCUCCUUAGUGUGAAAAUAAGCUUCAAAUAAGUCCUAAUGAUGGAUCUGAGAUUAUAUGAGAAGUGUAUUAUGGUAUCAUCACCAUGAAACAUUGAUUCAAUGUGCAGGUGAUCACAAAGUGGAUCGAGGAUAAAUCGAAGAAGAACAAAAGAAUGUAUUUAUUUUCACGUCCAAAUAUGAACAUAAUCAUUUUUAUUCUUUUUUGUAACACUUUUUAGGUACUGGUUUCAUGCAGAAAAUAUUUUUGUACAAAA